UUGGUUUUCCCAGUCUUUUUAGGCCUUUUCAGGCGUUUCACUCCGUUCAUCCGACGGCGAUCGACGGUGUGUGACUUCCUGGAAAAACGGCACCGUUAAAAUGAUGGAACACGACUCGCUAAAGCUGGCCAGUGCCGACGACGAUCUGGAAGAUGGAGAGCUUUCCGAUAGUGAUUGUGAAGUUUAUACACCGCUGCCGAGGCCAGAUUUGCCGAAAGCCGAGUUCACAGCCGCCACAGCCAGCCACGCGCGACAGAUGGAUAUAGCGUGCGACGAUCCGGAUGACGAUGACGAUUUGCGACUGACCAAAAGUGACUCCGAUGGUAGCUCCGAUGAGAGUGGAAGUAACAUAAGAAUCGGCGCCACAAGCUUCACGCGACGAAUGCGUGGGCAAGGAUCGCGCCCAAUGUCACACCGACCAGGUCGCAGUCAAGGCGCGAUUCCACCGAAUGGUCUAGCCCCUGUACCACAAUUGCUGGCCGCAAGACCAAACAAGUACAACAUCUGGACCGAAAGCCUCCAGGAGGACACGCUGAUGGAAACGAUGCGCGGCUGCGACGUUACACCGCACGCACUCCGCAACCGCGACGUCGAGUCAUACGACUACAAACUGAAGGACCGCCUGCAGAGUGGAAACGCUUUCAACCGUCUGAAACGUACACAGUCGAACUCAGACGAUUCCGAUGGAUAUGGAUGUGGAGGGAAGCGGAUGAGAACAGAACGGGAGCGCUUCCCGGAAGCCAGUGACCAGGAGCGGCGCAUUAGUGCGAAGCAGCGCAUCGGCAAGCGCAACAGCACCGACACAAACAGUGAUGACAGUGGCCAAAGUGCGCCGAGAUUUGCUUUCAGACAUAUACCGGACCUGAAUGUCGACGACGAGUGUAGUAACGAAAAGUUUGCCACUGAGCUGGCCGAAAAGUUGUGCGAAAAGCAGCAGGAUUUGCUAUUCCGCGUAGUGGAGGUACUGGGCAAAGUGAUACCGCUCAAGUUGUUCAAGGAAACGCAAAAGAUUGAAGCCGACGGUGGUAUGCUUGUGAUGAAAGGAUGGCGGCGACGGACGCCAGGAGGAGUUUUUCUUUUUCUGUUGAAACAUUGCGAAGAUGUCGAUAACGAGCUAAAGAAGCAAAUAUUUUUCGAGAACAAAAAAGCAAAGCAAAAAGAAUGGAAACUCGCAAAGGCCAACAAUCGUGAUAAGAAAGUGGAGGAACUGAAGAAAUCACUCAACCGGCAAGCGACCGAUGCCGAGCUACCGACUAUUCCGAUGAUGGCUCACCUCAAAGCGGAAACGAAUAGCACCCGUAAGUGGCCCGGAAUUUCUGCUGUUCGAACCCGCCAUUGCUAUAUUAUUUUCUUUGCAGUGUCCAAUCCACCGCCUUCCCCGGUGGGAGAGGAGAACUUUGACGGUAACCAAGACUUUGAAACGCCGGACAUACACGUCAAUGUCACUAGCCCCGAGAAGAUACCGAUGCAAUCGAACGAAACCGACAAAGAAGAUUCCGAUGCCGGCAAACCGGAAGUUGCGAUCAUGAUUGGGCACGGACUGAUGCCGCAACGAACUAUUCAAAGCUACCAGGAAGACUGUCUUGACAUCACGUGCGAUGAUAUGGAUAUGUUUUAGCGAUAACGAUUUGAGCGAAAUUAUAGAUGGAACUACUAUCGAACAAUAAGACCAACGGAUGCCUAACACUCAUACGCGCUCGAGAUGACAGGAGCGUACAGGCGAGAACAAGUUGUACAUACCGAUUUAUAAAUAUGCUGUACGGCAGCAUAUAAAAUAAACGACGCCAUUCGAAAGGUUA